GGCGGAGCGGUUACGAACGCAACGGUUUCCCAGACUGGCUCGCGGAGGCGCUCGACCGAGCAGGUUCGGAAGCCGGCUGGGCGUCUCGGCCCAGGCGGAAGCCCCGGCGUCCGCGGCCCCGCGGCGUCCACGGAUCUGUCGACAUGAAUCCGGUCAUCGUGGUCCACGGUGGUGGAGCAAGCAAUAUCGCAAAGGACCGGAAAGAGCGGGUCCGCCAGGGCAUCAUCAGAGCUGCCACUGAGGGUUACAAAAUCCUGAAGGACGGAGGGAGCGCCAUUGACGCUGUGGAAGGAGCUGUGACUUUUCUGGAAGAUGAUCCUGAGUUCAACGCAGGUUGUGGAUCUGUCUUGAAUGUAAAUGGUGACGUGGAAAUGGAUGCUAGUAUCAUGAAUGGAAAAGACCUGUCUGCAGGAGCUGUCUCUGCAGUCCAGGGGAUAGCAAACCCCAUUAAACUUGCACGGCUUGUUAUGGAAAAGACAACUCAUUGCUUUCUGACUGACCAAGGGGCAGCAAAAUUUGCGGCAGCCAUGGGGGUCCCCACAGUUCCUAAAGAGCAGCUGGUGACAGAGAGAAACGUAAAACGUCUAGAAAAAGAGAAGCAUGAGAAAGGUGCUUCCAAGUCAGACUGUGAAAAAAACCUGGGAACCGUGGGCGCCGUGGCCUUGGACCGCAACGGAAACGUGGCCUAUGCAACCUCGACAGGGGGCAUUGUGAAUAAAAUGGUCGGCCGGGUUGGGGACACACCGUGCAUAGGAUCCGGAGGUUAUGCUGACAAUGACAUUGGCGCCAUUUCAACGACGGGGCAUGGGGAAAGCAUCCUGAAGGUGAAUCUGGCCAGACUCACUCUCUUCCACGUAGAACAAGGAAAGACUUUGGAAGAGGCUGCCGACUUGUCGUUGGGUUACAUGAAGGCAAAGCUGAAGGGUUUGGGCGGCCUCAUCUUGGUCAGCAAAGCAGGAGACUGGGCGGUGAAGUGGACCUCCGCCUCGAUGCCCUGGGCGGCCGCCAAGGAUGGCCAGCUGCACUCUGGAAUUGACCUUGACGAGACCACUGUUGUGGACCUGCCCUAGGGCCGCGAAGAUUGGAUGCUAGGUGCUGGCCUAGAGGGCAAGUCCAGCUUCCCGGUGUGGAGACUUGGCUUAAUCAAUUAGAUCUAGAAAUGGAAACUUCCUGUAGUCUGUCACUGUUUUGUCGCCUUGAUCCACGAGUAUCUGAGUGUUUGGUUGAGGGGCGGAUCCGAAAGUGCCCAGAGAAACGCCCCUGUUAAGGUCAGAGGAAGACGUCCGAGGCCUGAGCCUUUCUCCUGAAUCGUCCUCGGCGUCCUAGGUUAGAAAGCAGAAAUGACAUCACCUGAUGUGACUGCAGCCGCCUGCGCGCAGGGAGCACUGUCUGGGAGCGGGAGACCCCCAGCGGAGUGGGGGGCCCCAGACGGACGCUCCCGGGACUCCCGUGGUUGCAGGCUCUCCACGGGACCCAGUGAAGGGCAAGACGGGAAGGCACGGACCCAGCGGCGUAUCUGCAAGUACACAGAGGCAGUGGAGUUCAUGAGCCAAGUGUCAGCGAACCGCAGAAUGUUGUGGAGUUCAUUUUGAGGCAGAAGGAGGUCAGGGAAAAGACCCUGGAAGGGGAUAAACUGAUUUUCCUAAGAAAGUUCAGGUCUCCUCUGACUUACUAACAUAGACAUGUUUGCAGAUACUUUAAAAGUGCCCCUGGGCACCUCUAGCCCCCCCCCCUUCCCCCCGUCUGGAAGUGAAGGGUCUCACGCCUGCCAGCCUGGGGAUCCUCUCGGGCCCCCGCGGGAGUCAGUCUGCCUGGCAUUUUCCACCAGCCUCCGCCGGCUGUGGGCCCUCUGGGUCCCCGUGCUGGGUAACGGGGCUCCCGAGCUCACCACCUCGACCACAACCGGGGUGCUCGGCCCACAGGACUACACCGGGGUCUCCUGUAUCCUCGCGCUGUCCAGUGGGCAUGUGCGCGACAUGGUUGGCACGGGGUGGUGGGGGGGUGCUGCGGAGGUCAGGGGACAGUAAUUUCCUCAUUGGAGGCUACUCGUAGUAAUCUCUCUACACUGGAAAUGGCAUUUCUGAUGUGAUGAUUUUUUAGUCUUAUCAGGUCUUCUCUCUGGAAAGAAACUGCCUAACUUAAAAUUCCAUGUGCCACUAAUAAAGUCUAUUUUGAAAGAA